UAACAAUCUACAAUACGAGUACAAAUCAAGUAUGGUGGGCGGUGGCGCUGCUGCAACGGCGGCGUCGUUUAGAUGGAUACUACAAUUACACAAAGAUGUACCAAAAGCUGCUAAUUUCUACAAACAAGGACUUGAUUUCAGCAUUAAUGUAUGCACCCAUCGUUGGGCCGAACUCCAAUCCGGCCCGCUCAAGCUCGCUCUCAUGCAUUCUUCCAACGAGAUAGCAGUUCAGAAAGGAUACUCUUCACUGUUAUCGUUCACUGUAACAGACAUUAACAGUAGUGUGACUAAACUCAUGGCUUUAGGUGCAGAGAUGGACGGCCCUAUCAAAUAUGAGGUCCAUGGGAAGGUUGCUGCAAUGCGGGGUCUUGAUGGUCAUAUGCUGGGUCUUUAUGAGCCUGCUUGAAGCCUUGCAACCUGCAUACCCAAAAGAACCAAUUUUGUUUGUAACAGAAGCCGAUUUGAAAAGCAAACAGAUCAUAAAUUCCUCUUCAUAAGCUCUUUGUGCAUGUACAAAUCUUGUAUGCUGCAGAAUGCUCUACGGCCUGAGACUUCUAGUGUCCUGCUGCUUUAUUAGGUUUAUGACCUAUAACUUGUAUGGGAAGGAUGACAACUGGUGGUGGGCGGACACGUAAGUGAAGUGGAGUAGGGUAUUUUUUUUUUAAACAUUUUGCUGUUUUUUCAGGCAGCACUACAAUUGUAAUUUUGGUUAAUUUGCUUUGGUUCUUGUUCA